CUGGAGCCAUCAAUCAGCUCCCCCCCCCGAGCCCUGCUGUGUCCGUCUGCCCGGCCCGAGCAGCGCAACAACAACGCCGGACAGCCUUAUCUGUCAGGGGAACGCAUGAAUGGGAAUUUGGACUCGUCCCCCGACUUCCACGGCAAGCCGUUCAAAGCUCAGUGGACGUUCUCGUGCGACAAGGGAAGCGCUCGAGCUGCGGAGCCCCGCACCGCCCUCACCCGCAGACAAAAGCCCCCCACAGCCGUCUGCGUGCGGGGAGAAGCGCUCCAGAAGCCGGCCCGUUUGGAUUACCUCCGCCGCCUGUUCCCCCAAAACGUUACCGGGCUCCCUGAUGGUGAUCGGACACUUGAAUUUGUGAUUGUUCACACUAUCACCAUGAGUGGGCCUCACAAGAGGAAGUUUGAGGAGGUGGAUGAGGACCCAUGCUACUCCACUCCCUCCCCCUCCUCCCUCUCCUCCGCCUGCUCAGGCUGGGACUCGGAGGGGGAGAGCUGCUACUCGGACACCCUGGAUUCCACUCCCAGCAACCCAAGCUCCCCAGCAACGAAUUUCAGCAGAACAUCCAUCCUUAAGAAGUCGAAGAGAGCGCGGCGGGGCAAUGUGACGUUUGACCAGGUGACGGUGUUCUUCUUCCCUCGGUGCCAGGGCUUCACCAGUGUUCCCAGUCAAGGAGGGUGCACUUUAGGCAUGAUGCAGCGCCACAGCGCACUCCGCACGUACACACUUGCAGAGUUUGCUGUGGAGCAGCGACUCCUGCGGCGAGUAAAGGUCCUCAAUAGACUCAGGGAGGAGAAACUAGAAGCUCUCAAACUGAAGUUGACAAAAAAUGGAACCCAGGAAAGUGAAGAAGCAGAUCGGCUGACGGUGGACGACAUCCCAGAGCAGGACAUUGACAUCAGUGGAGCCAACCUGGAUGAAGGUUCCUUCCUCCAGCCUUACCCGUCGAAGCGCCGCUAUGCACUGCUCAAAGCAGCUGGCGUGAAGAAGAUUGACAAGGAGGAGAAGUGGCAACUGCACGAGCUGAGGAUCUCCAGGGAGAACUGUGGCUGUGACUGCCAGGGUUUCUGCGAUCCUGAGACAUGUAGCUGCAGCCUGGCUGGCAUCAAAUGUCAGAUGGAUCAUUCAUCUUUCCCUUGUGGCUGCACGAAGGACGGCUGUGGAAACGCAGAGGGUCGCAUCGAGUUCAACUCCACACGGGUACGGACGCAUUACAUCCACACUAUCAUGAAGCUGGAGCUGGAGAAGAGAUUGGAGGAGCAGUCCAGCACGGAGGAGGAUGAAGAGGAAAGCACGACGGGCGCCGCUCCUUUACCGGCGGUGCCCUCCUUCCCCUUCAGCUCGGAGCUGGUGGCGGCCGGGGAGAACAGCUGCAGCAGCGACAUGACCGACUUAUCCGACUCCUCCGGUCAGAGCGAGGACUCGGAGGCAGGCGAGGGCCGGUGCCAGCAUCAGAGCACCCUGGACGUGGACGAGAAAGGCCUGAGCCGCAUACUUUGUUUCAGCGACACGGAGAACUCCUCGAGAACUAGCGGCGACGGCGGGGACAGGAACUGUCAAAACAAGUGCUGCACCGACGUGCAAAAACAGCAGCCGUCCACGGAGGCAUUUAGCAGCUUCAGCAUGGUGGACUUUGCCGACGAGAACGACAACAUCGAUGCGGCGCUGUUGGACUCUGAGGACGAUCAGACGGACAAUCGAGUAUCAGCCAUUUCAGAACUUUUGGACGAGAACGCCAACCAGGGAAACGCCCUUUUCCACAGUAGUAGUGUACCACGCACACCCUCUCCCACCGUGGAUCGCUCUGCCAGCUAUAACAUGGACCUGAGCCUCUCCUCCGAGUCUGACCUCGAGUUCUUCGACGGCUUCCCUUGUUUGGGGCCAAGCUCGCUCUACAACUCCCUCAAGGAGUACGAGCAUAUGGACAACUUUUUUCAGUUCCAGCUGCCCAGUUACCCCAGUUUCCCGGCAGCGAGUGACCCCGGGACCUGCCUCCUGGAGUCUCUGAUCGGCCUUUCAGAAUCUGUCCCUGAGCCCCCCGCAACCUUUACAGACAAUCAGCUGAUGGAGGAAGCCAUGAAAUUGUCUGUAAUGGAGUCUGUGAAAGUUUGACUAAAUAUACGUGGACAAUGUAAUUCAAAACAAUGGUUUGGAAGAAGGCUAAAAUGCACAUAAGAUGUCAACAUGUUGGAGGAAGCUGUGAUUUCCCUCUCGCCUAAUAGAUUCUCAGAUUCCAGUCUUGCCUUCAAAAUGUUAGCAAAGCAGUUUGGGAUUAAUCGCUGUGUGAGAUGGCAGCUAGUGUUAAAAGUGAAAAUCUCCAAUAAGAAGAAAUCAAUUCAACCAGGCCCGCAGAAACCAAUGAUGGCUCUCAAUUCCUAAGAAAGCUCUUUUAACCAAACCAAGAUCACCAACCGUAUGCUUGACAGGAAUCAAACCUAACUGUGGCCAGGUUGGGAGCCUCAACACAGCUGAAUGUGCACCUCAGGGAUUUUUAUUUCUAGCUUUUGGAGGCAGUAUAUGGUAACCUUGCUGUGAUGGCCUUCAUACGAAACCCGAGUCAAACUACAACAAAGUCCUGUUUGUGGUCCUCCCUUUGGGCUCGAGCAAGUGGGCUCCUGGCUGUGUUCAAUUCUAAAGCUGGUGAUUUUUUCCCCCCCAAAAGAUCUAACCCAAGGGUCUUUCAUGGUACAAGGAAAACAAAAAAUCUUCUGUAAAAGCUCCUCGAUCAGCACUUUAUCUGUGAAGAUAGGCAUAGGCAUUGUUUUGGUCAUAUGGGAUGGAUUCAACAGUUCAACGCUAAAUUAUGGAGUCACUUAUUUAUGAGCCUGGCAACUAGAAUGAAUGCUCACACCUAAAAGCUGUAGCUGUGUUAUCUAUAUUGCUUUUGUUUAAAUUAUUUCCUUUAUAAUUUUUUUUAUUUAUUUCAUAUGAAGCCUCCUUUCAUUCAUUCAAGCAGCACUGUGGUUUGUUCACCGUUAAGUGCAAUCUUCCUUCCUUCUUUUUUUUUUUUCCAUAUCGCAUUAAGGCAUUGUUACUGGAAAUGGGACCACAAGUCCAUCAGAAAGUAUUUAAUAUCUAUUCUCUUAUACGUUUAACAUUUUUUAAGUUAUUGUGUCGGGAUUUCAUUAGUUAUUUAAUUUAAGUCAUUUUGGAAAACACAUGGGCUGUUGUGAGGUUUACUGGAUGUGCCUGUUUAUCAGGGGAGCCAUGCCUGCCAGUGGUGUGUGCACAGUGCUUCCAUUUAAGCUUUGGGACUGAAAACUGUGGAUUCUCCCUAAUCACUGAAACAAAAUGAUGGAUCUAUUGUAUCUCUGCCUAUUAUAUAACCAUAGAAAAUUACACUAAUAUUUUGUAACUAAUUUAUGUAGGAACAAAGGAAUUCUAAUCACUGACAAAUUGAAUAUUUUAUUAAGAGAGCGAAAUGAAUCAUUUUCAAUCUGGGACAACCUUUGUAAUAUAUGAAUUGUAGAGAAAUGUAUGCUUAUGAAGGUUAUUGCUCUCCUACAUUCCGAAGUAUUUUUUAACGGUUGGAUAUCUUAGAGAAAUGCCACUAAAACUAAGUAAAGUGCAAAGAUCAAUUUGAUUGUACUCAGAAUUUUUUGGAAGUCUGUGACUUGGGUUAAAAUAUGCUAUAAAUUACACAUGUGAAGGGUUUUUGUGGAUAAAAACUGCAUAUAUUAUACAUUUUUUAUCUUGAACACAAACCCUGAAAUUUGAAGAGUUGCCUCAUCAAUUAAAGAACAAGACCUUUUCAGAGGUGAUCGUUAUCACCUGUAUGAAAAGCUGAGGGACACUAGAGUUGAUGUACAUAUCUCACCUUUUCUACGGCUGUUUCGACAGCUUUUCUGGACCCUUUUGAAAUUAUGCAUGCAGGUCCUGUUUGUUAAAUCUUCUUCUGAUUAAUUGUAUACUUUGAAAAGUGCAGAGUGCACAUUAGAAAUGUAUUAUUCGCUUUUUGCCUUUUUAAUUACUUUGAAAUCCAUCCGAUAUACGUUCUUGCGCCACAAAAAGGGCACUACUUUUUUGCAAGCAAACAUUUGUUUCUCUUGUACAAAAUGUCAAAUCUCAUGAAGAAAUGGCAACAGUGAGUGUUUAUCAGUGUAAUGUAUUACAGUACAGUAUAUUUUGUUUUCAAAAGAACGUGUCUUACAUUUUUGCCUUUUGUGUUGUGCAUAUUUCUGCUUGAAAGGUCCUGCAGAGCAAACAAAGCUGCUUUAUUUUUUACAUACUCACACAUUAACCUGCUGUUCAAAAAACAGUUAGUUUCAUCUAAGCCAUUUUGACAGCUUGUCCCUCCAAAUAAUAAUAAAAAAAUCAUUUUGUAAACGC